AUGCACAAAAGCACCACGCGCAAGCACUUCACCGCUCUUUCAAGAGCGUUGGUCCAACAAUGGCGAGCCAAAGGAGAAAACAAGUAUGCCGAUUGGUUUACAGAGACCUACCUAAAGGCUCCUUUCGAUUCUUGGUUUGUGGGGGCCUCGAAGCAGCCUGGAUCAUUGGCGCAGCAGCAAGGUGUUAAGUCCUACCACAAAAGUAUCAAGGCCCACAUGGGCAUAUUUCUUCGUGCAGCGAUGGUGUACUUUUUGGAGUUUUCGAUGGUGCAAAUCCUGCACUUCAGCUGUGCGCAUCGAGCUCCCACGAGCAUUCGGUCUUUCGCCGAAGCGCCGCUGCUCCAUAACCAGUUGAGGAAGGCGCAACUGAUUGCUACGGACCCGACAAAGUUUUUUACCAACAGCACACAACGCCAACAAACCUUCUACAUAAAUCGGAAGGUGAACUUUGAUCAGCCAGUAACCGAUACAUUGGCGAAGAGAUAUGGAUGUUGUUAUACCUAUGACAAAGCACAGGACCACUCACUCUAUCGUGUUCGAGCGAACAAAAAAGUUAUGUUUGCCAAGUUAGAAGCUUUUCCUGUGGUAAGGACCGGCAUGAUUGAGCAGUUCUGGCGGAAGUACACCUGUGAUUGUAAAUCCUACAUCGCGUCGGGCUGGGUUUGCUCGGAUGUACUAGCGGCUGCGGCUAUAAACAAGCACAUAAACCUGGACGAGAUCCGUGCAGGAAUCCCGCAUCGUCGUCGCCCCGGUCGCCCCAGAGAAGAGCUGAGCUGUCUGAUUCGCGAUAAUGUUGGCGCUACCGACGAUGACAACGCAGUUGUAUCGGGGCCAGCAGGCCGCUUGAAACGUCAGCUGACAAAGUACCCAACCGAAGCGAUCGGAUACAAAGCGUUACAUCGUUUCGCGACGUCGGAAGCCGACGCCCCAGAGCAGUCGCAGCUCAGCUACUUUUGCGGCAUGGUUACCUCUGUCCAGGCUGAAGAGGACCCAAUCACAUGGAAUAUCAGCUUCUCAGAUGGCAACACACAUGACGUCACCAUUGACGAGAUCGUGGCUGAUCUAACAAUGGCUACGAGUCGCCUGAUCUGA